AUGCCACUGUGCGGGGAAGAGGCGCGGCUCACCUUGUCCUUGCCAGCGCGGGGCCGAUCCAUCGAGGGCUACCGCGCCGCGGAGAUCGUCGGAGGUCUGUGCGAGGCGGUGGAAGGUUCGCUUUUUGCGAGUGCAUUGGAUUCAGCUGGGCUGAAAGAGCAUAUUGAAGCCGUCGAAGAUCAGGACGCCUUGAGAAGUUCCCUCUCCAAGCUGGGCUUGGUUGCCUUUGUCGGGAAUGGCGCCGUGCUUCCCAGAAAGAGUGGGGUCGAUGACCGGCCAAUGACGACCAAGGACUCCCCGAACUUAGUGGCGUUCCAAAGCCCCAGCUCUAUGGAGGUGACCAUCAGCUUGCCGCAUGCCGGUCAAGUGACGGGCAUGGGCAUGAAGAAGGGCGUCACCGUGAUUGUCGGCGGUGGGUUCCAUGGAAAAAGUACCUUGCUGCAAGCUUUGCAGUUGGGCAUUUACAACAAGGUGCCAGGCGAUGGACGAGAACAUGUCGUGUGUGAUCCAUCUGCUGUGAAGAUUCGCGCGGAAGACGGGCGAUCGGUGAGGUGUACUGAUAUCUCACCGUUUAUCAACAAUCUGCCGUUCGGGAAGGCGACCACAGAGUUCACCACGGGUGAUGCAUCGGGUUCCACCUCACAAGCUGCCAAUAUCAUUGAGGCGCUGGAAGUGGGUGCUCUCACAUUGCUGGUGGAUGAAGACACCUGUGCCACGAACUUCAUGAUUCGUGAUGAAAAGAUGAAGGCCUUGGUCUCUCCGGACAAGGAGCCCAUUACUGCCUUCGUGUGCAAAGUUCGCCCACUCUUUGAAGAGCUGGGCGUGUCGACGAUUUUGGUCGUGGGUGGAAGCGGAGAUUUCUUUUCGGCAGCAGAUGCUGUCAUUAUGAUGGAUGAGCAGUCAGGAUGCAGAGAGAAAGCCGAUCUGAGACAGUGA